CCGAACGCUUCCCCGGAGACCUCUACACGCCCGCCAUCGUUCGAGCCGGCAAGAGCUGCGGUCAAGAUGGGGCAGCAGGCGCAAUGGGCAGCAAGGAGGCGUGGUGCGGCCUCUGCCUGCCUCAUCAGGCUUCGGGCUAUGGAAGGGGCAACAGCCUCGUCGGUGGUUGGCUCAAUCUGCGCAAUUCAAGCUACCGAUACCAUAUGAUUCGAGCACAUGGCAUCUCGCCCAAAACUUGUCUACAGUACCAAGAACCUCUAGAGACCAGGCGACGACAGCAGGGAGUCGACGGCAAGGUCGGAGAAGGUAGUGAGCUCAAGGGUCUCUGCCACCAGUGCGACAAAUGGAUCACCUUCGGCGCCAUCGAGCCCACCAAUUGCUCCUCCUCUCCCUUGAAGGUUCUGGCCACUACGAACAAGCACAACGUCAGCAGCGCCUCUGGCAGCCCAUUGAAAAAAGUCAAAUUUGACACUAUUAGCAGCCAAGAACAUGCAAAGAAGCAUCAGAAGCACUCGCUCCUUCCUCGCAAACGCACCGCAAGUGAGUCUACGCAGCCUACACACUACGCUGGACAUGAGGGAAGUUGCAGUAGUAGCCGCGUCAUACUCGCUACUCCUCGGGGUAAGCGACCAGCUCCCAACAAGACUGCCGAGGGCGAUGAGGACGCGAUGGAGUCCAAGCCCUUCUUCUCUGUUGCGGAGCCGGGAUGGACCAUCUCUAGCUCAGGGCGUAUCGUCAAGCUGCGAGACGCCAAGUGGACCAACGCCAUUUGAGCGUGGCGAUGAGCCAACCCUCAUUAUAUUGAAAUCAUCAUUCCGACGACUCUCUCUUCAAGCACAUGUAGCCUAGCAUCUCC